GGCCCGACUAUGGUUCACACCUGCGUGGUGGCCGGCUGCAGGAACAGGAGGACACCGGGGACCAGCCUGUCGUUCUACCGGUUCCCCCGGGACCCCGAGAGGAAGCAGCGCUGGAUAGCUGCCGUGAACCGGGAGGGCUGGGUACCGAACGACGGCAGCCGGCUGUGUAGUACUCACUUCAUCUCAGGUAAACAGGUGAAGAACCCACGGUCACCAGAUUAUGUUCCUUCUGUGUUCACCGCUGCUCCAUCGUCCCCAGAGAUGAAGGAACCAGGUGCCUUAGAGAUCCUGGACAAGCAGGAGGCUCGCGUGGAGGCUGCCAAUGCCUUGUUGUUCCUGCAGGGUCAGGGCAGGUCUGCUGAGGAGCAGGAGGAGCUUCCUGGGGAGCUUCCUGAGGAGCAGGAGGCCAUCGUGGAGGAAAGUGUUUCCUCUUCAGUCAGCACAGAUGAAGACGAUGAUGACGAUGAAUCUGUGAGUGACAGUAAGAAGGGAAAGUUUGCUCAGACGUCCGACGCUCCGGUGAACUUUGAUGACAUCCUGAAGGCCCUGAAGAAGGAGAACCAGGCGCUGAGAGAGUCUGUGGACAGAAUGUCGCUCUCCGAGAACUCUCUGAGGAACGAUGCCGAGAAGGUGAAGUUCUACACCGGUUUACCAAACUACUUUGUGUUGGAGACGGUCAUGUGGCUGUUGGCUCCUCACAUGGACGGCAUGAAGAACGUGAAGCUGUCUAAGUUCCAGCAGCUGCUGCUGACGCUGAUGCGACUCCGUCUGGACCUCCGUAACCAGGACCUGGCCUACCGCUUCGGCGUGAAGGUCGGCACGGUGACCAGGACGGUGCACCGGAUGGUCAACAUCAUGUCCUCCACUCUGGUGCCCACGGCCGUCUUCUGGCCCUCCAGAGCUGAGCUCCGGAAAAACCUGCCGGCGGCGCUGCGAGCCUCCCACCCCGACUGCGCCGUCAUCAUAGACUGCUUCACGGUGCCCUGCGAGGAGCCGGUUUCCCGGGGCAACCAGCAGCAGGGGGCGCCGCAGGGCUCCGAGGCCGGGGCCGGCUGUAACGUGCUCAAGUACCUGGUGGGCGUGGCUCCGCAGGGCGUGGUCACCUUCGUCUCCAGGGGCGUGCUGGGGAGCGUCAGCGAUAAGAGCCUGGCCGAGGGAUGCGGGCUGCUCUGCAAGCUGCUGCCGGGAGACGUGGUGCUGGCCGCGCGGGAUCUGGACAUCGCAGAGUCGGUUGCCGCUCGAGGAGCUUCGUUCAAAACCGCCGGCGGUCGCAGAGAGACCGCCGCAGGGUCGGAGGACCGGCCGGCCGAUGCCUCCUUGGAGGCCAGCGUGCAGAGACACGUGGAGAAGGUGAUCUCCAUGGUGAAGCGGCGGUACGCCAUGCUGACCGGCCCGGUGGAGAGUCCCUUCACCGCCGCCUCAGAGCGGACCUCCAACCUCUCCACCUUCGACAAGAUUGUUCAAGUCGCCUGUGCCUUAAACAACCUGUGCAUCUCUGCUGCUCCGCUGGAGUGACUGCGGAGAGGCGUGGUCCUCCUCCAGUUCCCUUUACUGCUGUGGACUGUCCGUGUUCUGUUAGAACCACACAGAUCUCUAUGUAGGUCACUUUAUUCUCGGCAACAGGAGCUGCUGGGAUGUGAUGUCAUGAAGUUAUGCAAUUCACCUGAAGAAGAAUGACUGGAAUUUAAAUGUGUUUAAUUUAAGCUUUGGAUGAAAACAGCCUAAAUCUGAGGUCAAAGCCGUUUUUAUUGUGUUUUGUGCUGAUGGUAAACUUGGAGGUGUGAACUAAGAGACAUACAGAUGUUUACUGCUCCUCCUCCUCCUCCUCCUCCUCAGACCUCCUCAACUAAAAUAACUUAAUCCUAACGUGAGCCAAUCAGAAUGAUAUAAAACAUGUUCACAUAAACUACAUUUAUUAUGAAUUCCCAGUGAAGCUGCUCUCAUCCAGAUGUUUGAAGAUUAUUGUGUCAAACAACAGAACAAGUGUGAAAAGUUGUCAGAAGCUGGUCCAGACCAGCAGACUGUCAGCGUUUCCUCUGAUCGACCUGCAUCAGAAACUGCAGCUGCUGAUUUCACCUCCAGUUACAGAAAAGGUUUGUUGGCUUAAACCAGAUUCUGUUUGUUUUCUUGAAACGAAGCAGGUCAGCGUCAUGGACUGGACUCCCUGCUCAUCACUGCUGGGUCCGGCUGUCCUCUGGAACCUUCUGGUGGGUUUUGUUCUGUCCCGAGUCCAGGUUCUGGGUCUCGAUGAAGAGAAGAAGCUCAUUUCCAGCCGUUUUCACUCAUCAUCUCAGCAGGGCUUCACUCAAUAAACCGGCGUCCUGCAGAAACUGAAGCCAGAUCGAAGGUUCCAACAAUGAUGUUCAGCUUCCUCUAGUGCUUAAGCAAGUCACCGUCUUCAAACUAAUCCAGCAUUUUGGCGAAAUGUUCAACUUCCUUAUUUAAUACAAAGCUGUCAGGUGUUGUCUGUGCUGGUGAGGAAGGAAAGUUUCACGUUUCGUUUGUUUCUGUCAGUCACACUGGGUCAGAACCUUCCUAUAAAGGAUGGUUUGUCUGACAGAAAACAGUGUUUGUUGUGUUUUUUCUCGGCUGAGCUUUAAUCGACCCUCCAGCUGAGCAGACCUACAUUUAACGUGAAGGAUUCGUUCCCUGGUUCUGUUCAGGUUCUGAUCGUGACAGGGUUGAGAUGUUUUCAGUGACAGUAAAACCCUUUCUAGUGAAGCUCACUCAGCCGCUCGUGUUCUUUCUAGUUUCAGUAGUUUGUGAAAUGGACCUUAAAUACACGUGAACACCUGAACUGAUGGACGCAGUGAAGCAGCUGCUCGUCAGGAUCGCUCAGAGCAGAUGGUGGUUCUCCGACCACCGGACCUCGGUGGGAGUCCAGCAGUGUUUCAUGGUUCUGAACGCGUCUUCUGUCUGUCUUCACCAGUCUCCAUGAGCAGGAGCUGCAGCCAACAGCUAAUGUCGCUAUUGAUCGAUCAGCUGCUUGAAAGGUUUUGAUCAGAGUUUCCUCAAGCGUCUGUUUCUGUCCAAAGACCUGGCACAGAGGAAGAAACCAGAAAAGAUUCACAGUGAAGAAGCUGAAUGUAAGAGUUCGGACUCUUUUACUCAAACUGGUUGAUUAGUUCAACUGUUGAUGGUUUAUUGAUGAUGUGUUUGCAUUAAACUGGUUUCUGUGUCUGACGCUCAGCUGUCGGAGCUCCGCUUGCUGCUGCUGUAGGAGAAUAAAAAGCAGCUGUUUAGAGGAUUCUAAAGAAACGAGACCAAACGGUUCAGUUUAAAGCUCUGUGACGAAAUGUUCAUGAAGCUCUGAUGUUGUGACACAAACGGUUUGUGAUGUUUGAAUUCACCUUUCCUUUCUUUUUGGUUCUGAUUAACUGGUUCUGUUCGGUUCUAAUUAAGUGGUUCUGUUCUGUCUCUGAAUAUUUAGUUUCUUCAGUUUCUUUAUUUGUUUUCUGACUGAAACAUUAAAGUUUGUAAAAAGCA